ACAACUAAUAGAUAGAAGACCGUGAUAGAGAUUUUAGAUUCCGCGGUGUGAAAAGAGAGAUGCGAUUACAACUAUUAGUACAGGAGAGAGAUACGAUAUAGAGAAAGAAGCGAUUUUGGAGAAAGAGAGAUGGACGAGGAAAAAAGUUUGAGAGGAGGGAGCGAAGGCAUUUUAAACCUUCCCUUCAAUUCCUCACUCCGCAUUACUUACCAUCCCCUCUUCCCCCAUCGUCAUCAACCCAACAACCAAUUCCUCCUCCUCGAGCUCGAUCCCACCCUCCUCCCCUACUUCUAUAACAACCAAGUUACUGUCCGUGGUGAUCCAGAUGAAGAAGCGGUUCUCUGCACCCCCUCUUCGACCUACGCCCUCAAGUUCGUCUCCACCUCCAAUUCAGUCUUUCUCAUUCCUCCCCCAUCUUUCGAAAACCCAAUGCAGAAACCAUUGUCGUCUCCUGUGAUCGAGCUCUCUCCAGGUCACAUGGAGCUCCUCUGCGUAGCCCCGCAGCUGGACAAACUCAAAUCCCUUCUCUCUACUGUUACUUAUAACCCUAACAUAACGGACGACGAGGGACAAGAAGAGGCUUCGUGCCUUUUCACCUGGUCUGAUCUGAUAAGUAAGGUUCAGGCCAGUGACCAAGAGUUGAAGGACAGGCUUAACUCUCUUUCUGCCAUUGAGAUCAAUGGGAAAUGGAGGAUCUUGGACCAGGGAUUCAUGUCUGAUACCCUCGAGCUUCUCAUUCGCAAUGCUACUAUUCAUGGAUGGCCUCUUGGAGCAUUAAGAGAGGACCUGGUUUUGCCUGUGCUUGAGGCUGAUGGGGUUUCUCUUGAAUUUGGGUGCCAUUGCCUUAAGGCCUUUGGGAGAGAGAAAGAUGUGGGAGUCUGGGCACUUUGUGAGAGGGCGGUGUGUGUGAAUUAUGCGAGGAAGAUAUUGGGGAAGGUGGGGAAGAUGAAGAGUGAGAAUUUUUUGAUGAAGCUGCAGAGGAGGGUGCCUGAGGGGUUCGCGGUGGGAAUGGAGAUGCUUGAGGGGGAGGUUUUGGCAGAGAGGGUUGGAGCUGAGGUGUGGGUUCGAGCGUUCAGUGUCUCUUCGCUGCCUUCUGAUCCUGCAGAACGCUUCUCUAUUCUCUUCAAGGAACGCCAGAGGUGGGAAUCACAGGACUUGGAGCCUUACAUCAGGGACCUGCGUGUGCCCUGUCUCUCUUCAGAUAGCUUGCUUAUCAAGUAUACUCGAAGAAUACAGCCGACUGCAGACUCCGUGCCCAUCUUCACAGCAAGAUGAACUGCCCAUCCUGGUUUGGGACAACUUGGGUUUUCUCUGUUAUCCUUUCAUCGUGGUUUCGGUUUGGAAGUCUUUCUUAUCACCGAUAAGCUUUUGAUUUUUCUUAAAUUCCCCAUUUUUGCCAUCUUAUUUGUCAUUCAAAGAGAUUCAUGAUGUGGCAUUUGGGUCUUAAUAAUGUUUGUACACUAUGGAAGUUGGUUUGUUUAGUCACUCUUGAUAUUGCAGUAGAUCUGUUCCAUGGAUAUACAUGUUUUGGUUUUUCUUCUUUUAUAUAUGUUUGCUUUAAGUUGACA